UCCCCUGCCAUGCUGUCGGCCUGCAGCCUGACUUCAAUCUGAUCACCAUCGAUCCUUGUGUUAUUCCACCAUGAAGGGAGAUGAGAUUCAGUCACAGUUAGAUCAUUUUCUGGAAACCAAAAUAGCAUGUGAACAUCUGUCCAUCUUCCCUUCUUUCAAGCGACUUUCUUUUACCUCCUGGAUCAAGGCGAACAUCUCAAAGAAGGAAUGCUCCUUUUUUCAGAGGGAUCCCAGGAAAGAGCAAUUAUGUCGUUGUGGAUACUCAAAGAGUGACCACACUGAUGAAGCCAUCAAGCCAGAGGACUUCACCGGGGAAACCUGGGACAAAGGAAAACAUAUCCGCAAAGCUCCAACAGACGCUUUUGGAGACAUCAGCUUUGGUGGUCUGGGGCAAAAGACAAGCAAGUAUGCACGAGUGUCGUCAGACACCGAAGCUGAGGUGCUCUACGAGCUAUUGACUCAACAAUGGAAACUUUCGCCUCCAAAUUUGCUCAUAUCUGUGACUGGAGGAGCCAAUAACUUCUACCUGAAGUCCCAACUGCAGAAGACUUUUCGUAGAGGACUUAUCAAAGUUGCCCAGACUACAGGUGCAUGGAUCAUCACUGGCGGUACCCACUCUGGUGUGAUGAUGCAUGUGGGACAGGCUGUGAGGGAGUACGCCCUGAGUAACACUAUGCAGGGGCAAGUAGUGGCUAUUGGAGUGGCAACUUGGGGAGUAAUUCACAACAGGGAUAAAUUGGUACAUGAAGAAGGUUGCUUCCCAGCUAAUUAUGUGAUUGACACACAAGGUCAGGGUGCCCUGGCCUGUCUUGAUAACAAUCAUUCCCACUUCCUGCUGGUUGAUGAUGGAACCAAUGGACGCUAUCUUGUGGAGACUGAGCUGCGUGCAAAACUAGAGAAACACAUCUCAGGCAGAAAUCUUGGAAACAAAGUGAGUUCUAUGACCAUCCCAGUGGUUUGUGUGGCAUUGGAUGGAGGACCAGGCACACUCGAUACCCUCUAUAAAGCCAUGCUCAGUGACACACCAUGCGUGAUCCUGGAGGGCUCUGGCAGAAUAGCAGAUGUUAUUGCUCAGGUGUUUGGAAAACCGGUCAGCCAGAUCACCAUCACCCUCAUCCGACAGCAGAUGAAGAAGUAUUUUGGUCAAGAGUAUGAAAAGUUCAAAGAUCAUGAGAUUAUAGAGUUUACAAAAAAGAUUCAGGACAUCAUCGAGAUGUCUCAUUUGCUGACAAUAUUCAAAGCAAGCGAGGACGAUCAGGGGGGAGUGGAUUUGGAUGUGGCCAUCCUAAAAGCUCUUCUCAAAGCUUCAAAGACUGAUGAAUCACGAGGAGGUGAGUCCUGGAAGAGGCAGCUGGAGCUGGCUAUCACCUGGAAUCGAGUGGACUUAGCUAAGACUGAGAUUUUCACUGAGCAAAGCAUGUGGAAGUCCAACGACCUCCAUUGGGCCAUGACUUUAGCCCUCGUUGGCAACAAGCCUGAGUUUGUGAGUCUUCUCCUGGAGAGUGGUUUGUGCCUGAGGGACUUCCUGAAGGAUGACAACACCCUUUGUGAGCUCUACAAACAGCUCCCCGACUGCUUCUUCUUGUACAAGUUGGCCAAGAGGGUGAACCUUACCAGCAGCAACAGGGAUCAGGCACCGGGCCAAGGGGUUCAUGUUCCGGAAGAAGUAAGAGAAAAGAUCUCACUGACUCAUUCUGAACUUUAUUCAGUUUAUAUUAGAAUAAAAAAAUGGUAAACCAAGAAAAGUAUUUGUUUAAUACUUUAUCAGACAAUGAUCCAGGACCUGUUGAGGCAGAACAGAGCUGAAACCCAGAGGGAUCCAGGCAGUGACCUUUUCCUUUGGGCAAUUAUCCAGAACAACAAAGAGCUGUCUGAAAUUGCCUGGGAUCAGUGUAGAGACUGCAUGUCUGCUGCUCUGGCUGCCAGUAAGAUCCUGAAGAAAAUGGCAGAGGAGUCAAUCGAUGCAGACGAGCCUCAGGAAAUGCUGGAUCUCGCCAAUUACUUUGAAAAUCGUGCGAUUGGUGUGUUCAGCGAGUGCUACAACAGUGACAAAGAGCGUGCCCAAAAGCUGCUGGUUCGAAGCUCAUGCUUUUGGGGCAAGACAACAUGUCUGAGGCUGGCGCUCGAGGCCGAUGAUAAAAACUUUGUGGCUCAGUCAGGUGUUCAGGAUCUUCUUACUCAGAUCUGGUGUGGUGAGCUUUCAGUUGAAAAUCCUGUGUGGAGGGUGCUGGUCUGCAUGGUCUUCUUCCCUCUGAUCUACACAAGAUUUGUGGUUUUCAGGUGAUUGAAACAUGAUGAACUCAUCCAGAGAGAAACUGUUAUGUUGAUAAUGAUAAUUAAUUUUGCACACAAAUCUGUUUCUGCCCACAGUAAGCCAAAUGUGGAGCCUCUGAGCUGCUGGUCCAGACUGGUUGGAUUGUACUGCUCUCCUCAGGUCAAGUUUUAUGGAAACAUUGUCUCAUACUUUGCCUUCCUGUUCCUCUUUGCUGUGGUCCUGAUGGUCGACUUCCAGAGUACACCAUCUAUAGUAGAGCUGGUGCUCUACUUCUGGUUAUUCUCUCUGGUGUGUGAGGAGAUCAGACAGCUGUUUUAUGAUCCUGAUGGUUUUGGAUUUCGUAAGAAAGCCAAGAGAUACAUUCAUGAGAUGUGGAACAUUUUGGAUGUCAUCUCCAUCGUGCUUUUCUGUCUAGGUCUUUCAUUCAGGUUGACAGCUGAGUUGUUUUACGCAGGUAAAAUCAUCCUGUGCAUCGACUUUGUGGUCUUCUGUCUCCGUGUCAUGGCAAUCUUCACAAUCAGUCGAACACUGGGACCUAAAAUCAUCAUAGUCAGGAAAAUGAUUAUGGACAUGUUCUUCUUCAUGUUCCUCCUGAGCAUCUGGGUCGUGGCGUACGGUGUGGCCAAACAAGGCAUCCUCAUCCAAAAUGACAAUCGACUGGACUGGAUCCUCCGUGGGGCUAUUUACGAGCCGUACCUCAUUAUAUUUGGAAGUUUCCCUGAAAAUAUUGACAACGCUGCAUUUGAUAUAAAUUCAUGCAGCAUGAAUGGAACGGAUCCCCUGAAGCCCAAGUGUCCUGUGCUGAAUGAAAACCAAAUGCCAGUCUUCCCUGAGUGGCUCACAAUCUUAAUGCUCUGUAUUUACUUGCUCUUUGCCAACAUAUUGCUCCUCAACCUCCUCAUAGCCAUCUUUAACUACACGUUUGAGGAAGUCCAUGACAACACGGAUAGAAUCUGGAAGUUUCAAAGAUACGAGCUGAUCAAAGAGUAUCACAGCCGCCCAGCUGCCCCACCUCCUUUCAUCAUCUUCAGUCAUCUCUACCUCUUCAUCAGAAAAAUUGUGCUGUUCAAAGCUCCGAUCCUAUCUACUGAGUUCAAGAAGCAGCUUUCUCAGAUAGAAGAAGAGGAGCUAUUAUCCUGGGAGGCCUUGAUGAAGGACAGACACCUGCUGUCUGCGCAGCAGGAGCAGAGCCAGAGCAUGGAGAGGCGCAUUCUGGAUACAUCUCAAAAGGUUACCACCUUAACUGAACGGAUGGAGAAACUAGAAGAACAGGUCACCCAGUCAAAUAAAUCACUGCAGUGGAUUGUUGACAGUCUGAAAUCUCAGGGUUUUUCUGCAAAAGAAACUCAACCACAGGCCUCAACUGUACCAGAUGAAUCCUCCAACUCUUUGAGGAAACCAGAAAAAGAAGACGACUUCCACGAGAAGUCCUGUCAGUUUCAAUACCCGGACAGCUUCCCUGUUCCAGAGGAAAAAGUCAGUUUCAGUUCAUUCAUGCCGACCUACUACAGUUCUGAAGAUGGAAAUGGCCAUGCAGGCAGAUCUGGACCAGAAGGCUUAGAUAAUUACAGGAACCCAGGAGGGACGACGGGCAUUAGGGGAAGAGGCACACUCAGCCGUCUUGGUCCAAAUUUGAACCUGGAUCUCGUGAUUACACGGUGGCGAGACAGUACAAGGUCUGCGCUGGAGUUCUUGGCUGUUUUGAACCAGAACCUUAGAUCUUUAGCUUUACCUGGGGGUCCUGUGGACUCUGUGGAUCACCUGCCAGGAAAUCUAAAGGAAAUUCUGGGAAAUAAGCUGUUUGAAGCCCUAGAUGCAAAAGUGUCAGAGGGAACAAAGGUGUCUGAGGGCUGCAUGGACGACUGCAGGAACACAGACAAUGCCUGGGUGGAAACAACUGUCCUAAACAUUCACCUAGACAGAACAAGCCAAGUGAUGGUGGACAUUAACAACAUGGUUAUAAGAGGUGACAGCUGCCUCCAGUGGCAGGAGGUGAGCAGCAGAAUCAGACUCAGCCCAAACCAAAGACGCUCGCUGCAGCAGGUGGCGGAGCUGCACAACAGGACGUUCUGAUCAUUCUGGCCCUGUUUGACAUUGUUAUAUUCAUAUUGCAUUAAGAAAACUUAACUUGAAGCCUGGCACAUAGAAGACAAUCCUUGAAUCACCUUGUGCCUUUCAGUGCCGCCUUUGUUGUGAUUCAUUUGAAGGAAAUAUGCAGCAAAUCCUUACCUGAAAUUCUGUUCUUUCGCUUCACUACAGUUUAUAUUGCUAACACUUCCUAUCAUCAUAGCAAGUUCAUGUUGUUAUGAUACAACUAAAAGUUUAUUAUGUUGUUGUUCUACAAAUGUUUCAAGAAACAGCACUCUAUAUAUCUAUUGUGCUUGAUGUGAUACACCUUUGACCAUAAAAGUGAAUGAAAACGUCAAUAUUCAGUGGAAUAGUAUGGUUGAGUGAAUACUACAGUCAAUACAAUGUCUGAUAGACAAAAUAUAUCACAGUAAUAAUUUGUCUAUGUAGCAAACGCCAUUACAAUAUUUAUGGAUGGCUUUUAUAACAAUGUAUUACACUACUAUCAAUUCAUUUAUUUGAAUAAACUUCAAAUCUUCAUCAUAUUUAUAUCUUUUAUUCCAAGAAUCCAAUAAAAUGACUGAAAGGUUCUUUUUUUUCUUGCUGUUUUACUUAUAGACAUCUAGCUACUUAUUAGUCGUGUGUGAUUUUAGUGUGUUUAGGAAGGGGAUUUCUCAGAGUCCUCUGAGGACUCAUUAUUUCAGGUCAGUGAUUUUUUUCAGCUCCUGCUUUGCUGCAGCUUGGUUUCGGAGCAGCUUCCGCCGCUUCUGAUUGGCUGAGGGGGAGGUGGCCAGACACAUGCUGUAGUAUCGGUUUCACGCCCUCCUCGUAAUCCCUACCGCUGUUUUCAUCAAAUACCGGUCCUUGUUAACUUAUGUCUUCAGUGUAAAAACAGACAUAUUAGCAUUGUAUGAAAGCUGCACACGUAACAGCCAGUGACUUUAAUUUACUGAGUUUAAAUCAUGUUUUUGUGUUAUUGUAACGUUAAUGUGAUGUUAUCUAUAGUUUGUACGUAGACAUAAUAAAAAA